AUGCGAGACUUUUGUCUGGAACUACCCAAGCGACGGCAGUCCAUUGGCAGUGUCCUGGCCUGCGACACGUCUGACCGCCUCACGGAGAUACAGAACAUCCCUGAUCCCGUUGAUGUGUGUGCGGGUGGGCAGCACUCGCUGGUGCUGACGCAGAGUGGGGAUGUCUACUCUUUUGGCUGCAACGGCGAGGGCGCUCUGGGCAGGAGUACCAGUUCCAGUGAGCCAGGCAGCGAGUCCUUGCCCGCCUUGGUCGAUCUGCCGGGCAAGGCCCUGUGCAUCACUGCAGGCGGCUCGCACUCGGCCUGCCUGCUGGCGAAUGGCAGCGUUUACGCGUGGGGCUCGUUCCGCCUCACGAUCGAUGGCAUUGCACUGAAACCCACUCAGAUCUUGGCCGGCACCGAGUGCUGCAGCAUUGCCUCAGGCAGGAAUCACUUGGUGGUUCUAUCAACUCGCGGCAAGGUCUACACAAUGGGCUGCGCCGAGCACAGACAGCUGCGGAGCAUCCCAGAGCGCUCAGUGCUCCGCCCAAAUCAAAUAAAUAUCCGUUCCGCCAAUCCUUUCAAUGCCAUUUGGGCCACAAACACCUGCUGCUUCCUGCGUGAAUCGCAGACGGAAACCAUCUGGGCCGCUGAUCUGAACAACUGCCAGCACUUCGCGCCAAUCAAGACAACCCUCAAGGACGUCACUCAGAUUGCUGGCGGGGAUCAACAUACCUUGAUGCUCCAAGGGAAUCGCCUAUUCUCUGUCGUUGGGCUGGGCGAAAGCGGUACCGAAAUCGUGUCCCAACUGGCGCCCGUCAGGAAUCUGGAGUGCAGCAACAUUGUGUCUGUGGCCUGCGGAGACGUUUGGUCCUAUGCCAUCACCGAGGAUGGUCUUCUGUAUUCCUGGGGCACGGACUCCAGCAAGGCCGGCAAGGAUGAUAAACCGACCCGUGUCAUCAGCCGGAAUACCGCCAAUAAAAAAAUACUCCUAGUAUCUGCGACGGCACGUCAUGCUCUCUUCCUGGCCCAGUUUAAUCCUUAUGUAUUUAAUUCUCUGAAAGACAAUCUUCUUACAUUUCCAUAG